CCUGGAUCUUGUUUCCACGUGGAAGGAUCGGCUGAUUCCUAUAUAAAUGUAGUUUAUUCCAACAUAUUUUAUUUAAAAGUAUUUAGAAAUAUCUUGAAUUGUUGUCCACGAUUUUUGGUAAUGAUAAAUUGUGUUGACUUAAUUAAAAACGCUGUUGUGUGCGGAUAUGCAGGAAAUAGAGUUUAUUUACUCGGCUCUCCGGCGGCGGGCGGGAAAGAAGCUCCAAGGCAGCCGGAAAUGAUGAAAAAGUUCGCGUCUCUCCUGAGAGAGAGAGAAAGAAAAGAAAAGUUUGGGACGUCAGACACAUUUGCGCCAAGUCCAACUUUGGACGCCGCAGUCACAAACUUUCCUCCCCAAAAGUUUAUUAUUACUCGUUAUUUCCGCCCGGGAGAUGGGAACACGUCAGAUUUGAGGCGAAGGAGAUGACAUGUUUUUGAAAGGCGGAUGAGGUGACUUUCUCGCCCAGAAAAGAGAGCUUAAACUGCGGCGAGAGCCACUUAAGACUGACGGUCUCAUGUCCUCGGAGACCGUCCAUCCUCCGGGUGGCCCAGCGGGGGCGGACGGGAUCUCGCAGCCGGAGACGAGCCCCCUUCUGCUGGACAUCAGCCCUGAUGCCUGUGAUGCCGACGCAUCGGGACCGCCUUCCAGUCAUAUGAACCAGGAGAAUUACUCCAAGCCUGUAAGAAAUGCCUCUGAAUCCAAGACAGCUUCUAAUCAUGUGACCAAGGAGGAUCGCUGCCAGCCGAUACGAACUCAACCUCACACCAAUAAAAGCCCAAUCGGAGCAGCGGUGGACCGCACCGCCAUCUACCCGGGUGUCAGUAACGCGGGCACCACCUGCAAAUGCACUUGCGGCAAUGUCGGGAGAACGACGCCAGCGUCGGUCGCACCGGCGACCCAGCAGCCGUCCACGCCGGUUUCGCAGAAGGUGCAGCGAAAGUUGAGGUCCAGCUUGUCCAUGGACAGCGACAGCAGCCGACGCAGCAAAGGAAGCUCCAUGGGGUCGCAGAAACCGCCUUUACCUGAAGCAGACUGCUGCGUCCACUGCAUUUUGGCCUGCCUCUUCUGCGAGUUCCUGACGCUGUGCAACAUGGUGGUGGCGCCGGCCUCCUGCGGCCCGUGCGCCUCCGAGGCGUGCUGCGGCUGCUGCUGCUGCGCCGAGGACAUGGGCGAGGACUGCUGCAACUGCACCUGCGACAUGGACUGCGGCAUCAUGGACGCCUGCUGCGAGUCUUCGGAUUGCUUGGAGAUCUGCAUGGAGUGCUGCGGCAUCUGCUUCCCCUCCUAGGGAAACCCAGAACAGCCAAACUGGAGCCAGCUGGAAGGACCGCGAUGGGGGAAAACUGUUUAAUGCGGGUGAUAGUGGUUUGAUUUUGUACUUUGUAUGACGUUUACUGACAAAAAUUAGAAGUAACUCCAGAUACACUUGUUUUAAACAAAAACAUAGUCCGUUCUCUCACUAUGACAUUUUUGUCUUGGACACUCCUGAACAAAAUCUAAGGACUCUGCCUUUAAAGGGGAACAUAAUCACAAUUUCAGAAGGGUUAAAACUGAUAAAAAUCAGUUUCCAGUGGCUUAUUUUAUUUUUCAAAGUUUUUUUCAAAAUUUUACCCGUCCCGGAAUAUCCCUAAAAAGCUUUAAAGUGCCUGAUUUUCGCUAUCUGGGAAGUCACAUAGCGAUGCCAAUACAAACAACUGCUGGAUAGCACAGCAAGAUACAGCGACAUUAGCUCGGAUUCAGACUCUAAAUUCAGCGGUUUAAGCGAUUCAACAGAUUACGCAUGUAUUGAAACAGAUGGUUGGACUGUGGAGGCAAAUAGGGAAAACAAAAUUGAAGAAGAAACUGAAGCUAUUGAGCGAAUAGCUUUUGACGCUCUUCGGCCAUGAUUUCCUUAGCAUCGCCGGUAAAAUGUGCAGACCAGCGAUCGGAAGUUUCGCAUCUUGUGAUACUGGAUCAACUUAAAUCUGUCGAUUGGUAAGUGUUUGUUUGGCAUUAAAUGUGGGUGGAAGGAAACGCUGGAUGCAAAUAUAGCUACAAAUGUACAUACAGCUAGCCUAAAUAGCAUGUUAGCAUCGAUUAGCUGGCAGUCAUGCCGCGACCAAAUAUGUCUGAUUAGCACAUAAGUCAACAACAUCAACAAAACUCACCUUUGUGAUUUCGCUGACUUUACCUUUAGGAAUGCAUCUGCUUGGGGGCGGCAUAGCUCGGUUGGUAGAGUGGCCGUGCCAGUAACUUGAGGGUUGCAGGUUCGAUCCCCGCUUCUGCCAUCCUAGUCACUGCCGUUGUGUCCUUGGGCAGGACACUUUACCCACCUGCACCCAGUGCCACCCACACUGGUUUAAAUGUAACUUAGAUAUUGGGUUUCACUAUGUAAAGCGCUUUGAGUCACUAGAGAAAAGCGCUAUAUAAAUAUAAUUCACUUCACUUCACUUUGAUUGUCGCAGGAUAUCCAUACAUUCUUGCCAUCUCUGUGCCAUCUCUUCGUUGCAUCGACGGUAAAAACCAAACGAGGGACUUUCGCAUCUCUUGACACUGGAGCAACUUAAAUCCGUCGAUUGGUAUGUGUUUGUUUGGCAUUAAAUGUGGGUGGAGGGAAAGGCUGGAUGCAAAUAUAACUACAAAUGAGGCAUAACGUUGCAAUAUAUACAUACAGGUAGCCAUGUUGGGAUCGAUUAGCAUUCCGUGCUAAUCGAUGCACAUUCUACGUAAAUCAACUUGAAUCCGUCCCUGAUGGUGUUGUUACACCCUCCAACCACACACCAACGAGGGAUGAUGUCUCCAAGGUACCGGAAAACAGUCGAAAAAACGGAAAAUAAUAGAGCUGAUUCGACUUGCUGCGUGUAAUGUGCUGGAGAAAACUGCGUUGACUACCCAGGUGACGUCAUGUUCGCUCCGAGAGCGAUAAAAAGAAAGGCGUUUAAUUAGAGUUCGGAAAUCGGUUAAAAAAAUAUAUGGUCCUUUUUCUUCAACAUCAAGGUAUAUAUUGACGCUUACAUAGGUCUGCUGAUAAUGUUUCCCUUUAAAAACCAACAUCUGCAUUACAAUCUGGGGUUUGUCAUUUUCUGUCAGGCCUUUACAAUUCUGACCUCUACAAGGCACCAUUGCUGCCAAGAUUUUACUGUACGCCAUAAAUAGUCAACCAGUGACUCGUUUCAACAGUUUUGGUUUUUUCUCCGAUUAAUUUUUUAAUUUAUUUUAGUGGCUGAUUUCGGUUUUUUUAUUUUUUUAACAAACAAAAUCGGGAAAGCCAAUGACAACAUAAAAGCUGCACCGGAGUUUUUCUCAAAACGCAAAUCAAAUUAAGUUUUUAUUUCUAUUUUUUUUUCUGUAGCCCCGAUCUGAUAUUGAUAUUUGAUAUCGGUAUAAUUGGUACCCUCUAUUUGACAAGGAAUAGUCCUCCCAUAUUAUUUGAUUCCGUGAUACGAUACAAAGGAGUAAGCACAAACAAUAGCAAUGCAAGUGCUGGUGAGAGAACGGAGCUGUCUAAAGUUGGGAGUCUUCUCUAAAAUGCUCGCUCUCCACAUACGCGUCUGUCCACUGAAACCGAAAGUUAACUUGGUGUGUUUGUUGAGAAUACCAUAACACCAUUAGAACUAGAGGGACAUAUGUGUGUGAGUGUACAGAUAAGGAACAGGGUUCAAACAUGGUGCUUAUCUCUUUCAGCAAAACCAAGGCCAAAUCCAGUAACUAAUAAGACGUUCCAUUUUGCCCAAAGCAGGGAAAAUAUCCCCCUCACAGACUGAUAUAAGCAAAAAACAGUCAGGGAAUUAUACCGGGCUGCAUCUAAAAUAUUCGAUAUAAGAAGUCUGAUACAAGCUGCAGAAGAAGUGACAAAAAGCAGCAAGAGUGAGCAGCGAUCCUUUAUUUUUUCCUCUCGCUUGCACUUUUAACAUGGAGGAUUACAUAUCUCAAAUAAAACUGUUUUCUAAACUAGACUUUCAAUCAAAGCAGGAGGUAAUAAAGGAAGAUCUCCAUCAAGACAGAGAGACUUUUAAAACUGAAGAAAGAUAAGGAAGACUUCUAUAAACAAGUUAUCGAUGCUUUUGAUCAGAAGGAGCUGCGCACAGACUUCAUUUAUAAGUAAAGAUAAGACCAUAAUAACGUUUUUUUUAUUAAAUAUGCUUAUCAUGAUGGUAUCCUUACAUCACACUCAAAUUUAUAAGCGCAGGCCUAAAUUUACCGCAUGCCUUUGGUAAGUGCCGGAGUGAGAAGAGGUUUUAAAUUAGCGCCCCGGCGGCAAUUCAAGGAAAUACGGUAAUCAAACCAACAUACCCACAGUAUCACUUGAUCAAGCCAUUCCUUUUUACAAGUCCACAUUUAAAAAAAUGUUGCAUGAUUUAUGCUGAUAUCUGAUCAAUAUCCAUUAUGGCCAAUUGUCAAGUUAUGGAAAUUGCCCACACAACAUCUCUUUAUAGCCAGCUGAUUUCUGUUCAGGAGUGUAUGAUCUCGUCUCUUCUCGUGUUGUUUAGUCUCUGUAAAAUGUGAGUGUUCAUGUCCUCAUCUCAAGGGUUGUACUGCACACAAUGUCUUGAAAAGAAAUGGAAACAAAAACAGUCAAGAUUCUUGACUCUGAACACAAUUACAGCGUUGUCAUCUUUUUUUAUUGCAAAACUAAUGAAGUCAAAGUCUUUCUUUAUUAGCACUGUCCCUCGUUAGCGCCAAGUGUUAACAGAUUGUUCUAAUGUCAACAAACACUGUGCACUAUAGCAGUACAUUUGGUGUACUUUUCAACUCAA